CGACGCCCGCAGGACCGUUGUAUUCAUUUUUCCUGGUGCGAGUGAAGCCAAGAACCAGGACAGUCCGGAUCCAGAAAAGCCUGGGACUCCACUCCAGGUCUUGCCCCCGCCUUUUUUUAAAAACCACCUCUACUUGGGAGCAGUGAAAAACAGAGUAGCGUCGGGGCAGCAGAUGACCCGGCGCAGCGCGAGGAGCACAACAGUCUUCUCUAACAAAUGAAAGGAUGGGGGGCAUCAGCAGCAGCUGAACUCCGAGAAACUGGAUCAGGGGUCGAGGGGAAAGAACUGCUUUCUGCUCACCCUCGGGUGACUUUUGUUGGAUUUAAUCCCCGGUCCACACCAACAUGCCAUUUGCCAAACGAGUCGUGGAACCUCAGUUACUGUGCAGGUAUCAAAUCCCAAACGAGGAGGGUCUGCUUUUCGAGGACCUGGUCUCCAUCAGUAAUGUGGCUCUAUCUCGGACCUUGCGGCAGCUGUCGGACCUGGCUAAACAUGCCUGCUCCAUAUUCCAGGAGCUGGAGAACGACCUCACCUCCACCAACCUGCGGGUCAGGGGGCUGCAGAGCAAGAUCAGCCUACUUCAGCAGACCUGCUCCGAGCUGGACCCCAAACAGGAGGCAGUGCCGGUGUCCAACCUGGAUGUGGAGAGUAAGCUGACGACACAUUACCAGGCCCCCUGGCACCAGCAGAGGAACAUCUUCCACCCCUCCACGCGGCCAACAUGUGUAGAAGAGCUCCACAGGCAAGCCAACCUCAGCCUGUGGGCCCUGCACCAAGAUCGCCAGAGGAGACAGUCAGGCAGCCGGGAGCGGAGGGUAACCAUCUCGAUCUCAGCCGUGCCCCCCAUGCCCAUAUACCCCUCCCCUCACAUCAUACAGGAUCAAGGAAACAGCGGCACCAAUCUGACAACGUUUGAAUCCACCCGCUCCUCCUCCCCCACCGAAUGUUGCCGCUUCUCCCCCUGGAGCAGAAAGGCUGCGCCCUCUGACCCCGACACUGACGGGGUGGCUCUAGGUCACCGGUCUAAGUGUCCCAUCCCUAACAUCCCCUCCACCCUGGACAAGCAGACUAACUGGUCUAAAGCCCUGCCGCUGCCCACCCCAGAGGAAAGAAUGAAAACCAAUUCCCAAGUCAUCACCUCAUGUGUCAUCCCCAUUAAUGUGACUGGGGUUGGCUUUGACAGAGAUGCCAGUGUGCGCUGCUCGCUCGUCCACUCGCAGUCGGUGCUUCAGAGGAGGAGGAAGCUGAGGAGACGGAGGACGGUCGCCGGUGUUCCCAGACAGGUGCAGCAAGAUCUAGACUCUGAUGACUCUCCAGGCUCCAGAGAGCGGACAGUGAUCAUUCAUGCCAGUCCAGACAUCACACCCUCCAAUGAGGAGCUGGCCAGCCAUCUCAGCACCAGAGACUCAGGCUGCCAGACAGAGGACUUUCUGAUCUCAGGAGCUCCAUCUCGGAGGAGGAUCAGGGCCCAGAGAGUCCAGGGAGUCUCUGUCUCCCUUUCUCACUCUGCAGGCAACAUCUCCUCCCUGCCGGACAGCGCUGACACCAUGUUCACUGCCUCUGUGGGUGCACGCCUGCGCUCCAGGAGCCUGCCCCGGGACGGGAGCCGGAUGAUGGACAACGGGCACAAUGACAGCGAUGAUGAGGAGGAGCUUUCCCCGUUCGACACUGAGGAUUUCCUGCCUGGACCCGGGGAAUUGAUUCUGAAGGACGAAGAGGAGAGCACAGACGACCAGGCCAUGUCUGAGCACCAGCUGGGCCUUAAGUAUAAGCAGCUCUCUGAGAGUCCAGAGCGCAGCUGGAUGGAGAGGACCAGAUCCCAGUUGCCCAGGAAGGCCGACCUUGGCAGCUGUGAGAUCUCAUCCAGCUCAGACACCUUCAGUAGCCCGGUCCACUCUGUCUCAGCUGCGGGGGUGCUGGGAGGCCAGAUGGACCACAAGGACGACCACCAGUCUUCUAGUGGUAACUGGAGCGGGAGCAGCUCCACCUGCCCCUCACAGACCUCAGAGACCAUCCCCCCCGCAGCCUCUCCGCCGCUGACCGGCUCCUCCCACUGUGAUUCUGAGCUCUCCCUGAACGCCACCACUCACAACAACGAUGACCAGACCGGCUUCAUGCUGGACCACUACCAGGGCCUCAGGCCCCAGCGGGCGGGCUCCUUCUCCUCCACAGCUAUGGACAUAUUAGAGGAAGCGGGGGGCAGCACUCCCAUUGAGCAGGAGUGGAGUUACCCCCACCCCGAGCCUCCACACUCACAGGACUUCAGCCCCGAGCCGAGCAGAGAGGCGGAGAGCAGCCUGGGCUGCCCGAGCUUCACCAGCAUGGCCACCUGUGAGAGCAGCUACUCUGACAAGCCGCUGUCAGAGAAGGCGGACACCGUCUCACACUACUCUGUAGACACUGAAGGCUACUACACCUCCAUGCACUUUGACUGCGGUCUGAAAGGCAGCAAAAGCUUCACAUAUAACUAUGCAGCCUCUGGCUCCGACUGUGGCCUGUCUGACCUCAGUGGUCACAUGACUCUGGGGAGACGCUGCCUCUCUUUAAGGAAACCAAAGGUGAAGCCGUCUCCGCCUAAGAGGAGCUCCUCCUUAAGGAAAAUAUGCAGUGACGGGAACAUCCCUGACAGGAAAGAACCAAAGAUUACAUGUGGCCAGCAGCUUCCGCUGUCCUCCAAUCAGAGGAGGCUACAGCUGGUUUUGUCUGGCUCUCCAGGUCAUAUAGAAAACUCUUCACUCGGCAGAGAGCCUCUUGUGGUGUGGGGGGUGGAGGGCUCGGCCGAUCUACCUGACUUAGGUGUUUUUAGCUCCACAGAUGCUCAUUCAUUUAAGGACGAUGGGGUUGUACAGUCAGACUAUGCAGAUCUGUGGCUGCUGAACGAUUUAAAAUCCAGUGAUCCGUACCGAUCUUUGUCAAACUCCAGCACGGCCACAGGUACAACUGUCAUCGAAUGCAUCAAGUCACAGGAAAGCUCAGAGUCCCAGACGUCCCAAUCUGGCUCCAGAGCCACCACGCCCUCACUUCCAUCAGUGGAGGGUGAGUUUAAACUAACCUCACCAGAGAAGCUGGCAGGCCUGGCCAGCCCAUCCAGCGGCUACUCCAGUCAGUCAGAAACCCCCACCUCCUCUUUCCCCUCCGCCUUCUUUCCCGGGCCGCUGUCACCCUCCAGUGGCAAGAGGAAGCCCAAAGUCCCAGAGAGAAAGUCGUCUCUGUCAUCACUGUCUCUGCAGUCGCUGUCCUGCAAGGAUGGAGCGUCCUCGCAGAGAGACCUGGAGCUGCCGGUAAUCCCCCCCUCCCACCUCGACUUAAGUGCCCUUCAUAGCAUCAACAAGGCAGCAGGUUUCAGGACCCAGAUUCAGACACUUCACCAAAACAAACAGAAAGCUGUAGUGACACCCAAAGCUGCAGCACCCACUAACUCAGAGGUGUUUCAUGUCCACACCCUGUCCAUCACACCCACAGUGCUGCACUCAGUACAGCUCCGAUCCAUCAGCAAAGACACUGAAGGAGGUCAUGUGGACAAAGCAGCUGCCAAACUGAAAAGUAGUAAAUCAUUAGAGCUUAAGAGUCCACUUUUACACAACUCACAUCAUCAUCAUCAUCAUCAUCAUCAUCAUCACACAUCGUCGAAGCAGAUGUGUGAGUCAGUGUUUACCUCAAAUGAAGAAGAUCUUCUUCAUGGAGAAGCAGCUUGUCAGAGUGAGAUGAGGGACGAGCAGCACAGAGAGAGUGAGACAGCUCACAGACUGCAGUCAGAGACAUCAGAAGACACCUCGGAGACCACCACUGCCCAGGAAGGAGGGACGAUACAAACACCUGUCUGCUGGCAGUCUGAGCCUCUACAGCAGCAAAGACCUGAGCCCUGUGAGGAGCAGACGUGGUCCGCUCCCUCUGUUCUGCACAGUUCACCGCAGAGAUCCCACAGUCUUGAUAAAGUGCCUGCUACUGACGCCCAAUCAGAGGUGCUGCAAGUGAGUCCACUCAGUAAUGAAGGCUGCAAAGAGGAGGAACAUGAGUCGUCAGGUGUUUCAGCCGACAGUGCCUCUCAGGAGGGGAAGGACGAGUCCACAGCAGAGACCGAGGGCGACUUCACCAAAGACUCUACACCCAGUGACAGCACAGUGUCCCCGCUGAGUGAUGAGUCCAGGCCGGAGGACGAAAGUGUGUUUCUGUCACCCACCAAGACUCGCACCACAGAGGAUCUGUUUGCGAUGAUUCACAGGUCCAAAAGGAAAGUGUUGGGCAGGAAGGACUCCGCUGAGCUGGGUGUGAGGAGCCGCGUCAUCGCUGCAUCAGGGAGCACACCACCCAGCAGCACCACCAGCAGCCCAAUGAACUCCCCAGUCUCCCUGGUGUCACCCUCCUCCCCUGUGACCCCACCAGGCAUACAGAGAGUCCCCGGGCCCAUCUACAGGAACGCAAAGAAGUCCAGCACCUCCAACGAGGAGUUCAAACUGCUGCUGCUCAAAAAGGGCAGCCGCUCGGACUCCAGUUACCGCAUGUCAGCUACAGAGAUCCUCAAGAGCCCCAUCGCUCCUAAGUCUCCUGGAGAGUCUCUGACGGAGUCGCCCAGACAGCCUGAGGAGCUCUCCUCCCCCCUGCAACAGCUGCAGCAUAGUUCAGGACCAGAUCAGCUCUCCAGCCCCAAAGCCAACGCUGAGGGUUUCUCCCCGAAAUCCUUCCUCACGUCUGCUGCGUCCAGGCAGGGCCGCUCCAGAAUCCCCCCACCCGCCAACAGCAGCCGCUACAGCAUGCGCAGCAGACUGUACUCAGCGCCCAUGCAGGCGAUUUCUGAGGGCGAGACCGAGAACUCAGACGGAAGUCCCCAUGACGACCGCUCUUCACAGGGCUCCACGUAGAAAACAGAGAAGUGUCAGAAGGUGUGAAAUGAUUUUGUUAGUUUACAGAUAAAACAAACGGACCAGAGUGAGUUAUAAUAUAUAUGAGAUGUAGAAAGAGCAGGAGCAUUGAUGAGGUUAAUGUGGUUCACAGAACACGAGGGAAAAACCACACUGUUAAAAAAAAAUAUAAAUGAACUAAUGGUGUUUUAUAGCUGUUUCCUAGUUGUUGUUUUUUUUCUGUGGAUAUUUUAAACAAGUUCAAAAAUAUUUUAUACAUAAAGUAUUUCUAAAAAAUCACUUCAUGAAAUGAAUAGUUAGAGUAAGAAUCAGGGAACCAGGUUAUUUAGCAUCUGCUUUCAGUGAAAAUAAAAUAUGAUUUAUGAACAGAAAUUAAAGGCAAAACUUUAUUCCAGUUGAGUUCACAGCAAAUACAGGCUUAAACAUAUUAUCAACAGUCAGACACCCAGCUGACUCCACUCCUUCAGCCCUAUUUUAAUGUUUAAUCCCUGAAAUUGACAUUUUUUAUCUUGAAAACAGACAAAUAUUUUGUAUUAGCUGUUUGUAUUCUAUGAAUACCUAUGCAAUUAGACAAUUUGUACAUUUCCUCCAGCCAGUUACACCAAAAUGAUUUUCAUACCACGACCUGAGCAUCAGGACUAAAAGUGUGUGAGACACAGCAGAAGAAAACAAUGUGACGCCUCAGUGCAUCUGCUCAAAUCUGAUGUGAUGUCUGUGUAUUUCCCUCAGUCCUUUUUAAAAGCAUAUAGUAAAUUAUAUCAAAGAUGAUGUAUUAUUACAACUUUUUUAAAUUCUCAUGCAAUAACAUGAGUGAAAGAGGUGAGACAGGAAACGUCAGAGCCAAGCACUAACUCGACAAUCUCUGGAAACAAGAAGGAGGCAGGUGUUAACGUGGGAGGUGAAAAAGUGAUCAAAAAGUUGGAGGUGGUGAAACAGGAGCUGUGAGCGAAUGAGGAGGUCAUAUGUUUAAGAAGAAAAACGUAACAAUGGUCAUUUCUGGUUUGCUGACUUGGUGUGUUUACGAAUCGUUGAAAGAGGCAAGUGGAAAGUGUUCAGGAGGAUCAAAUACAAAUAUUUUAUUUUACUCAGCAAGAGACAAGAAGUGACAGAGCAGCUUCGGGCCUCAGCAGGUUCGAGUGUUUCUGUGAGAUUUUCAGUUGUGAUGGAGGAUGAAGGGUUAAAUUUGAAACCAGGUCUGUGGUGAAGAGAGGAGGUUCUGGAUUUGAUGAUGACGACGGACGACGAUCUGUUUUAUUCCCCAUCAAAGAUCUAACUGUCACAUUCUAUGUGUCUGAACAAUCUAAAUAUAUUUAUUUUUUAUAACUGACACAGAAAAUCUCCACAUGCUCCUUGAUUUGGUUUAAAACCUGAAACUGAAAUCUUUAAAUGAAAGUAUAUUUUAUUCAAAUGCUUAUUUUGUUUAUAAGAGACAGAUUUUAAAUCUUAUUUGAGACACUGGCUGCAGAGACAAAUAGGCAAGCAACUCAUUAAAUGUCAUUAAACAAUGACAUAAACAGUCAUAAGCUAGAGGAGAGGUUACAGAUGUAACCCAGGCGCUCUGAAGCUGGUUUAUUAUCCUGCACAUUCACAAUAAUUUACAAGUAAAUUGUGUUUAUUGCAGCGGUGGUAUUCAACCAUUAUGCAAUGUUGACUGAGUCGAUGUAGCCAUAUUGAAGACUGUUCACCACUAUUGGUACACUGUAGAUAUCAACUUCAUUUUGGCCUUAAUAAUGAUACUCCACACUGAUGCAACUACAUAGAACAGGGUACACAGUGGGGUGUGUGUGUGUGUGAACCUUCAUUCCAGCAUUUAUUUUUGCACUGAUAAAGUGAUGUUUGUGAAGUUUCAGUAGUCUCUUGCUGUACCUGGAGAUAUUCACCAACCUUUACAUGGAGCUGUUUGACUUUCCUUUGAGUAAUAUUCACACUUUAGGAGUGGAGUAGAUGCUUCUGCCAAAGGCUAGAACGUGUACAUGUUAGUGGCAUUGAACUGUUUUUCUUUUCUCGUUUACUUGACUCAAACCAAUACUAAAAGAAAAAGAAAUACGGCUUAUUAUAACUUAUGGUACUAGAUACAUUUCAUUUCAGAUCAGCCUCUGUAUACUGUAGGUAUCAGCUUUGUAUUUUUUUGUACAAACUUGUAAAUACAAUAACUUUUGGAAUUGUCUCAAAGGUUGUUGAAUUGUUUCUUAUGUAAAAAAAAAAUGUUUUCAAAGUUUACAUUAAUUUCAAACCUUUGUAUAUUUUUGAGCUGUGGAACACUUUGUCUUGUAUUUAUUUUUUAGUAAGCAUUGUGGAAAUCCCAUAGUAAAUCCUAUCAAAGCCAACUGCUAGCACCACAGGCUGCUUAGCAAAUGUGUAUAAAAAGACAAAUAAAUGUGACUGCUUUGAAAAUGGGGAUGUUGUUCUCAUUUUAAAGGUGUUAUCAAUCAGUUUUACUUUUAUUUUUUGUACUUAAGUACAAAGUGCAGGUACUUAACUUGACUUCAUUUCACUUUAAAAUUUACAUUUCAGAAGGAAAUAUUUUUUUCUUCCCUGCAUUUAUUUGACAGCUGUAAUUAGUAGUUGCUUCACAGAUUAAGAUUUUUCUUACAACAUGUAUGAUGGCCUUAUAAAAAAUAAUUCAUUGUUAUAAACUAAACAACCUAACAUUAUAUAAAUUAGUUUAAAUAAAAUUUAUGUAAAAUGAGAUGGAAUAAUAAUGAAUUAGUAACAAAUUGAAUGGAUAAAAUGAAUGAAAUAAACGAAUAAUGAAAAUAAGUUUAAAAACAAGAAAACAACAACAACAACAGCAAAACACUACUCAGUGCAUUUUACUUAUAAUAUUUGCGUACUCCAACUUAAGUAUGAUUUAUGUAUGAUUUUAUAUUUGAAUACUUCCACAACUGGAAUUUUCACUGCAGGUGAAAAAUGUGUGUUGUUACAGUACAAAUUGUCAUCACAUUCAUUUAUUAUUCAGUCACACAAACACUUUUUACAGAGCUGGUGUUCUGUACUGGACUGCAGUGUCAGCUUGGUCUCCAAACCUGUGGAUGGCGCCAUUUCAUACAACAAAACAAGACUGUAAGAGACUUUGGCUCAGGAGGGUAGAAUUAGAAAAAAGACCAGAUGAGAAGAGUAUUGAAAAUUUUGCACAUGAAUAAUUGGAGAACUUGUAAAUGACAACUGGUAAACAACACAAAAUGAUAGAUCCCCAUUGAAAUCCCAUUUUUCUCUUGCAUUGUAGCACAAUCAGAUGUGUUGUGCUGCUGUUUCUAACAGACUGUAUAUUGGCAGUAAAACACCAUAAUUGUUCUGAGUGUUCUGAAACAUCUCCAUACUUCUAUCUUUGCUGUCUCAAGUUACACAGCUACUACAUUGUACAGAGUCAGGCCGCACAGAGUCCUGCGGUGUUGUGCAGGUCUCACCACAGUCAAUGCCAUGGUGCCUCUGAUUCAGAGCUAACACUAGAGGGUGUUCUUCAGCUGAACACACAGGAGAAUAUCCACUGGGUAAUUUAAUGCAAAUUGAGUGUAAAUUUAAAUUAGGCCUCUUUGUGUCCUGGCCAGUGAAAUAAUACAGCUGUGAUUAUUUUUUUUUCAAACAUCUGGACAUGUUCCUCUCAACAUAACAGACUGAGCUCUUAGCUGUAGUUAUAUACAUGUCAUUUCUACAUCUGUUAUGUCAGUUUCAUGGUCCAGCUCCACAGUCUGUGUGAAUUCCCUUUGUUGCUCUGGUUAAUGUCAAAGAGCCUGUGACGGACAAAAACGUCUUGUUCUCAGUCCGUACAUGUCAGCUGAGCUCAGAUUGUAUGUGAAGGGGAAAAGAGGUAAACAAAGACCUGGACUGUUUGGCAUCCCAAGUGGGUACCUAUCAAAGGGCACACUGACCGUGACCCCUGACCUCCAUUUACAUUGGAGACGGGAUGGCUUGGAAUGGCAUGAAUGGUGUCGAAAUCAAGUGUUUUUGUUCUUCAGUGUGUAUGUAAUGUGCUGAGAUGGA